AUGCGCUUCACCUUCGCUACCAUUCUGGCUUUUGCCACCCUCUCUUUCGCACAGAUCACACCCAACGUCGCUGGUGCCAAGAACGUUGGAGCAGGCAACGGCGCCCAGUUCAUCACUGGUGGAUGCGUUGCCGACGCGGACUGCAGCUCUGCGUGCUGCGCUGAUGCCUCGGGCGUAGGUGUCUGCAGCGCCGAGGCAGCACAGUUCCAGAAUGGAAAGAACGGUUGCGGAUUCGCGGACCCGAAUGCCGAUGCUACGAUUGCGGCGGCUCAGGCUCAGGUUGAGAAGCAGGGAUUCAAGAGGGUUGCUAAGAGGGACUGCUAG